UGUUUCUAAGCAACAGUAUGCCACAUUUCAAGUGCAUGCAUGAUGUCGCGUCAGACAAGUGUUAUGGAUUAUUAACGUGAAGGUGGAAACAGUACGAUACGUUUCUUGUUUUCUUCAAUCUUAAAAUGUACGCGACGAACACGGAUCGAGUUUGCAAUGAUUUACCCGAACAGUAUCAGGCUACACUGGAAAAAGUUCAUGAGCUAAUGAAUAUUUUAAAGGACACGGACAAAAACCUGACUGUCUGCGAGGGAAUACUAGCAGACUACAUAAGGAAACGAUUAAGGGAAAAACGAGAAGAAAUGCAAAGGCGCAACGAAUUGGAAAUCAAGAUGUCUGAAAUUCUUGAAAAUCUGAAAACUCGUUUACUUGUGGAAUAAUUUUUAACAUUCUAAUACAUAUAACAUGUCUUAUUGCUUAUUGUUGAUAAAAAUAACGAACAGAUUGUACGAAAAUGUUAUUGAAAAUACGUGUUCAUCUUUUUCUGUAUUAUUAACGUCGCAUAAUUGAUAAAAACAACAUCUCGUGUAACAAAUGUAAAAUGUACCCAAGGACA